GCAGCAACCCAGGGCACGGCGUCAAUGCCUACGCCCACCGUCUGCGAUGCGCAAUCCAGUCGCCUGCGUCACUUGUCGGAGCGCGAAGCAGAAAUGCAUCCACAAUGACGCUCCACCUUGCGACCGAUGCAAAGCAGCGGGAAGGGCCGAUCUCUGCGAGUUCCCACCACCAGGAACGAGUGCAAUUCAUCGCAGGCCCAAGCGGCCAAGACAGGAGGACGGUCCCACGCCGCCAGCGGCAUCGACCGCAUUGAACGUUACCUAUCGCGCGGCGAGCGGCAGCGAGCUCAAUGCCGCUUCGGCAGCCCCAGCCCCAGCCCUAUCGCCGACGGCCACCGCAUCUCUGCUGGACAGCCUGGAUCCCUUCGACCUGCUUACCGACGAGGUCGUCAACAGCUAUCUGCGCUGUAGCUACAAAUGGAGCUUCCACCACACCCCCACGUUGUUGCUGCGCAUCCGCGCGCGCACCCUAGAGCCAUGGAUGGUCUGGGCGAUGCUCGCGCUGGCCGUUCGCUUCGUGAGAGAGCCGCCUGCGCCGUUCCGAACGCAGAUUGAGGCCAGCAAUGCCUUCGCCGCCCAUGCCCGCCAGAUACUACAGUCCGACCUCGAAACGCCGAGCAUCAGCCGUGUCCAAGCCCUCCUGAUGUUGACGGGACACGAUUGGGGAGCAGGGAACGGGCGCCGGGCCUGGAUCUAUCUCGGCAUGGCUAUUCGUCUGAUAGAGGUCAUGGACAUCACACAGGAACCCAAGGGUCCCAGAAAUCGCAAACCAACGCGCGAAGAGUUCAUCGACGCCGAAGUGCGCCGCCGAACAGCUUGGACUUGCUUCUUGAUGGACUCGCUGCUCAGCGGCGGCAGAGGCCGCAAGCGAUCGCUGGCUGCCAGUGACAUGGCUAUCCAGCUUCCUUGCGAGCGAGAGGACUUCGUCUUUGGCGAGCCAGUCUGCACUCAGCGCCUCGACGGGUCGAUACACAUGCCUCCGCUGUCUCUGGCCGUCGGAGAGCUUGGCAUUAUUGCGUACAGCCUUCGCGCAGCAAACAUCUGGGGCAAAGUAGCUCGGUGGGCGUGCUCGGAAGAACUCAAGACGCAGCUCCCUUGGUCGGUGACUUCUCAAUUCCAGCAGCUGAUUUACGAGCUCGAACACUGGAAGAGUUCUCUGCCACCCCGUCUCCAAUAUGAGUUGUUCUCGCUGCAUAGUCACAAUGCCGUAGACCAAGGACAGGCAUACUGUUAUAUGCACUGCAUAUAUUUCAUGGGCUCUAUGUUCUUGCACCGCGCCUACCUACCGGUCCUAGGCCCGCAGACCACACCUGAAGAAACACUCCACGAGUACAGCGAGCACAGCGACAGGUGGAAGAUGUGGCAGAAAUCGUCGCGGCGAGAUUUGUUCAAUGAGGCGUCCAUGGUGCUCGACAUGCUGGAGGAGAUGCGCAACUUUGGCGUUUUCUUCUUGCGCGGCCUGGUCCCAUGGAUCGGUUUCACCAUCUACACUGCUGUGGGAGUAAUGUUGUACAGUUACAACUUCCCUUCUGGCGAGGAUGACCCACGCGUUACAGAGAAGGCACGGGGCCGGGUCAUCCGCGGCUGCACCUUUUUGAAAGAGAUGAAGACCCAGUGGCCCAUGUCAGAAACGUGGUUUGAAACGAUCAAGCGCAUGCAGGCCUACUAUCGUUCUGUGCUGGGACAAGACGGGCCCGUGUCGCCGGACGAGCGCCAGGCGCUGCGACGCGCCAUGGUGGACUAUGGAGCCCUGCAGCCGUCUCCAGUGCAGAAGCCGGCUGACGCCAAACCGUCGGUGGACACGGACGUCGUUCGCAAUAGCAUUGGGCAAGAGCAACCUGCUCCUGCGCCUACGCAUCAGCAACAGCAGCUCGUCUCCCCGCCAGAGUCCACACCAAAUGGGUACACCUCAAAUUUCAAUUGGAGCGCACAGCACACCGUGCCCCCUCUCGAGGACGACGACAACUUCAAUUUGAACUUUGACUUCACCAGUGCAGACAUGGAGGAGAUGAUGAGGGAUGCAACGCAGGAGUUCUGGGCUUCCUUCCCCGGCGAGGUUGGUGUGGCGUAUCAGUAGGCUUUGUACACGGUAUAGUAUGUAUCAAAAUCGGUUCAGCGUUCCUUGCACAGGCAGAUCAAUAACAAUGCCUUUUUCACAC